AUGCCGGCCAAGUUAAUGCCAAUAAAGUCCCAAGCUGAACAAAAUCCUGUGGUGAAGUGCCGCCUGUCACCAUCAGCCAGCACUCGUCAACUGGAUGAACAGGAGCUGAGGUGUCUCCACCAGUGCAGUACAGCUCCACCCAGAGGACUGGUCCCGACCGACAGCCCAAAUUUCCUCUGCAGCAGCCUGCCUCAGCACUGGAGGUGUAAUAAGACACUACCAAGAGCCUUUACUGUUGUUGCCCUGGGGAACGAUGUGCCUGAUGGCGUGGCUGUGACAGUGAUGGCUGGCAAUGAUGAAAAUGUUAGCGCCGAGCUACGUAAUGCCACAGCCACCAUGAAGCAAGGCUGUGCCCACUUCAACGACCUCCGCUUCAUCGGCCGCAGCGGCAGAGGUAAGAGCUUCACCUUGACGAUAAACGUGCUGACAUCACCUCCUCAGAUCGCCACCCUACACAGGGCCAUCAAGAUUACCGUGGACGGACCACGGCUGCCCAGACGUCAGAGGCAGAAGGAGAUGAAGGCUGCAGUUUUUAGGCCCACCAGCAGCAUCAGUAGCAGCACAGCUUCAUCAGAAUGCAGAUCCUUUCCUUCCACCUCUCUGUGGAUGAAUGAGUCCUUUCUGGGCCCAGUGACCUCUUUGGCAUCUUCAUUCGCUCCUACUCCCAGAAUGCACCACCUGCCUGCUCUCCCUUACUCUACCCAACCUCCUCCAUACAGUUCCUAUCUGUCUUCUCCUCCU